UUUCCGUUGGUUUGCGAGAUUUGGAGGCCUCGCGUGGGGAGAGGGCCGCGUCUGGUGGGGAGCUUGGCUCGGCACCUGCUAGGCUGGCGAACCCGAAAUCGGGCUUGGAACCCGAGCGCCAGAUCUUGGAACCUGAACUGCACCUCUGUCGGGAACCCAGAGGAUAAAGAAUGGCUGUUUCAGUCGCAAUGUCCAAGCUCUGCAUUCUCCAGACUCUGUGCUUUUCUAAGAUAGGAAACCAGAAGAGGACUGAUCAUUUCUUGCAGGUCUAAAAACCAUGGCUUGGAAAGUAGUGAUGUUCAGGGAUGUUGCUAUAGACUUUUCUCAAGAAGAGUGGGAAUACCUGGACACUGCUCAAAGAGAUUUGUAUAGAGAUGUGAUGUUGGAGAACUACAGCAACUUGCUAUCACUAGCACUCUGAAGAUAUUAUUCCACUGUCUUCUGGCUUCUAUUGUUGCUCUUGAGAAGUCUGCCAUCUGUUUCAUUGUUGUUCCUUUUACUUGCCUUCAAGGUGUGCAAGAAAGGACUUAUCUCCAGAAAAGAACACUUAUGAAACAGAAUUAUCCCAAUGGGAAAUGAGUGACAGGCUUGAAAAGUGUGACCUUGAAGAAUCCAAUUCUAGGGAUCAUUUGGAAGCCAAAGCCAAGAUGGAAAAGCAACAAGAAAAUCAGAAGGAAUAUUUCAGGCAAGGGAUGAUCAUAUAUAACAAAAUGUCCAUUUUCAACCAGCAUACUUACUUAUCUCAGCAUUCAAAAUGUCAUUCUACCGAGAAACCCUAUAAAUGUAAGGAAUGCGGGAAAGCCUUCAGACGAGCCUCACACCUAACACAACAUCAAAGUAUUCAUACUGGUGAAAAACCCUAUGAAUGUAAGCAAUGUGGGAAAGCCUUUAGUCGUGAUUCACAACUCAGUCUUCAUCAGAGACUUCAUACUGGUGAGAAACCCUAUGCAUGUAAGGAAUGUGGGAAGGCCUUUACUCAAAGCUCACAACUUAUUUUACAUCAUAGAAUUCAUACUGGUGAAAAACCAUAUAAAUGUGAAGAAUGUGGGAAAGCCUUUAUUCGUAGCUCCCAACUUACCCGACAUCAAAAAGUUCAUACUGGUGAGAAACCUUACGAAUGUAAAGAAUGUGGGAAGGCCUUUACUCAGAAUUCACAACUUACACUACACCAGAGACUUCAUACUGGUGAGAAGCUCUAUGAAUGUAAAGAAUGUAGGAAGGUCUUUACUCAGCUCUCACAACUUAUUCUGCAUAAGAGAAUUCAUACCGGUGAGAAACCGUAUGAAUGUAAGGAAUGUGGGAAAGCUUUUAUUUGUGGCUCACAGCUUUCUCAACAUCAGAAAAUUCAUAAUGGGGAAAAACCAUAUGAAUGUAAGGAAUGUGGAAAAGCUUUUAUUCGGGGCUCACUACUUAUGCAACAUCAGAGGAUUCAUACUGGUGAAAAACCCUAUAAAUGUGAAGAAUGUGGGAAGGCCUUUAUCCGUGGCUCACAACUUACCCAACACCAGAGAAUUCACACCAAUGAAAAGCCCUAUGAAUGUAAGGAAUGUGGAAAGACGUUUAGUCAUGGCUCGCAACUUACCCAACAUCAGAGAAUACAUACUGGUGAGAAACCCUAUCAAUGUAAGGAGUGUGGAAAGGCGUUUAAUCGUGGCUCGCUCCUUACACGACACCAGAGGAUUCAUACUGGUGAGAAACCCUAUGAAUGUAAAGAAUGUGGAAAAACCUUUAGUCGUGGCUCAGAACUUACUCAGCAUGAGCGAAUUCACACAGGUGAGAAACCCUAUGAAUGUAAGGAAUGUGGGAAAUCUUUUAUUCGUGGUUCACAGCUUACUCAACAUCAAAGAAUCCAUACUGGUGAGAAACCUUAUGAAUGUAAAGAAUGUAGAAUGGCCUUUACUCAGAGUUCACAUCUUUCCCAACAUCAAAGACUUCACACUGGUGAGAAACCCUAUGUGUGUAAUGAAUGCGGAAAGGCCUUUGCACGUGGGUUACUACUUAUACAACAUCAGAGAAUUCAUACUGGUGAGAAACCGUAUCAAUGUAAGGAAUGUGGGAAAGCCUUUAUUCGUGGUUCACAAUUGACUCAACAUCAGCGAAUUCACACUGGAGAAAAACCCUAUGAAUGCAAGGAAUGCGGCAAGGCCUUUAGUCAUGGCUCUCAACUUACUCUACAUCAGAGAAUCCAUACUGGUGAGAAGCCCUAUGAAUGCAGAGAAUGUAGAAAGGCCUUUACUCAGAGCUCACAUCUUUCUCGGCAUCAGCGGAUUCAUACUGGUGAGAAACCAUAUCAAUGUAAGGAAUGUGGGAAGGCCUUUACUCGUGGUUCACAACUAACACAACAUCAGAGAAUUCAUAUCAGUGAGAAAUCUUUUGAAUAUAAAGAAUGCGGUAUUGACUUUAGUCAUGGCUCAGAAGUUUACAUGUGAACUGUCUGAUUCUUUGAGAUCACUAUGAAGAGGUUCUCUGGUUGUUAUCAGCAACGAAUUCUCACAGACGUGAAUAUGGGUGCACAUCUGCCUAAGGCACAGCAUCAGAGAAUUUGUGUGAGGAAAAGGAAAUGUUAGUGUCAUUCAUAUAGAAAAACCUAUCAUUACUGAAAACCUAUUAAACAUUAGCAAAUUGGAGAAUAGUUUCAAUACAGUAAAUGUAGGAAGGCCUUUAGCCAUAUUGAAAACAAAUCUUUUUCAACAUUAUCUUAGCUCUACUAGUUGAUUUUUUGUUGUUGUUGUUGUUGUUUUUAUAUGUAUCACGAUACUUAACCUCUACCUUGGUUUAAUCAUUUUAAGAUACACCUAAGUAUAUUACUUUUCUUAUAAGAUUCUUGGAAAUAUUAUGUAAGUUAUUACAUGUAAAAGCUCUUAGAAUGGUGCCUUGAACAUAGCAUACCACAAAUAUUAGCUACCAUUUUCACUAGUGUUAUCUUAGAGAAUUUGCAUGAGAGGAGAGCACUUAUGAGUGUAGUAAAUAUUGAGAAAUCUUUUAUCAACACAUCCUAGAUGGUUGAGGGGCACUGUAUGCCAUAAUGAAUGUGACAAAGCCGUCAUUUUUUUU